AUGCUUGGCGGCCACGCUGCCAGGUGCGGACCGCGGGCGGGCGGCGGGGAGCGGGCCGGGGGGCGUGCUGGUGAGCGGUGCCGGGUGGUGCCGGACGAAGGGCCAUCGCUCCUCGCUGAGCCCGCGCCCCCCUCCCGCUGUCCCGCGGCGCGGGGCCAUGAGCCGGGCGGAGGCCGAGCCCUGCUCCCGGGCGCUGGCGCAGGCCCGCGUGUACCUGGGGCAGCCUGCGGAGCCGCGUCAGCCCGGCGGGCCCCGAGGGCGGCGGGGGCGGCGGACUACCUGGUGGAGGCGGCGCGGCAGCUGCGGCUGGCGCUGGAGCGGGACGUCAGCGAGGACUACGAGGAGGCCUUCAACCACUACCAGAACGGCGUGGACGUGCUGCUCCGCGGCGUGCAGGUGGACCCCAAUAAGGAGCGUCGGGAGGCCGUGAAGCGGAAGAUCACACAGUACCUGAGGCGCGCCGAGGAAAUCUUCAACUGCCACCUCCAGCGGGCUGCAGGGGGUGGCAACACCACUGCCACGGGCUAUAGCAGCCUGCGCUUCCGGCCCAUCAGGACGCUGAGCUCAGCAGUGGAGAACCUGAGACGGUGUAAGGUUGUGGGAGUGAUUGAUAAGGUGCAGAUCGUCCAGGAUCCAGCCACUGGUGGGACCUUUAUACUUAAGAGCCUCCCCAAAUCCCAUGUUGAGACCCGUGAACGACAGACCAUCAUCCCUCAUGGGGUCCCCUUCAUGGUCAAGCUGUUGUGCUACUAUGUGAGUGAGGACUCCAUCUUCCUCCACCUGGAGCACGUGCAGGGGGAGACACUGUGGUCUCACCUCCGCUCCAAGUACUGCGUCCAGGAGGACUCUGAUUCAAACACCAUUCAAGCCCUGAGGGACCGUGGCAGAGAGGAUGGUGUGGGAACCUCCCAGGGUAGCAGCCAAGCUUGGCUAGGCAGUGGCCUCCCAGGCUCUGUGACCCACCAAAACACUGAUGCUUCACUACCUCAGGAGCAGUCCCUUGGGCCCACAGACCCCAGCUCAGGAAACCACCACCAGCUUCUCCUGGCUCCUGCCAGCAGCAUGAGGGCAGCACCUGGAGGACAGGAUCCAAGCAUGACUGUGUCUGGUGUCGUGGACUAUUUUCCAUCAGCCAAAUGCCCUGGCCACCUCGCUGGCCAGGGCCUGGUUGUCUACCUCUGGGAUGAUCUAACCAGCAGCACAGGCUGCGUAUCAGAGAGAACAGCCUCCCAGCAAGACUCCAGGCUUCCCCAGGCCCUUGCCCCUGGAUCAAAAAGAAGGGUCCAGCCAGGGGCAGGGGAACCACUGUCUCAGAAAGUGUCUGAGGUCUCCGGGGCUCAGCCUCUCCUGAUCUUGGGUCAGAGGCAGCUUCCUGCACGAGUUGCCCUGUCCAGCUCUGGCAAGCCCUGUGGGCCUGACCCAGCAGCGUGGGAGCCCUCACGAGAAGCAAGCUUGACCUGUGGCCAGCUCAGCAAGCAGCAACCAUCAGGACCAUGCAGGGCUUUGGCUUCCCACAGGCAGAACCAGAGAGCGUGGGCUGUGAAGGAGGAGCAGGUGCAGCUGUGGGCAGCAGAAAUCCUCCUGGCCUUAGAGGGACUUCACCAACAGGGUGUAUUGUGCCGGGACCUCAACCCCAGGAACCUGCUGCUUGAUGCAGCUGGUCAUGUCCGUCUCACCUUCUUUGGCCAGUGGACUGAGGUGGAGCCCCAAUACUGCAGCCAGGCACGGGAAGAGCUGUACAGUGCUCCAGAAGUUGGGGGGAUCAUGGAGCCCACUGAAGCAGCUGACUAUUGGAGCUUUGGCUCGCUCUUGUAUGAAUUGCUGACAGGAGUGCCACUCUCACAAAACCAUCCGGCGGGAAUUCAGCCUCACACCCAGCUACAUCUGCCACAGGGGCUCAGCCUGGCUGCUACAUCGCUGCUCACCGAGCUCCUGCAGUACAAUCCAAAGCAGCGCUUGGGCUCCGGAGGAGGUGGCAUGGCCAAGCUGAAGUCCCACUCCUUCUUCAGCACUGUCCCCUGGAACAAGCUGGUGGGCUAGGCAGGCUGUGCUUCCCUUAGGGAGCUGGGCACCGAUCCUCUGUCCAUGGCACUUGUGAACCCAGGUGGCACUGGCAGCUCUGCCUGCUGGGGAGAGUUUGCCUCAAGGGCUGCCCUGGGCUGGGGUACACAUGAAGUUUUGCAGCCUUACAUGGCCUGUCUCUGCUGCAGGCUGGGCCAGGCUGUCUUCUCAUCCAGGUCCUCCCUAGUGGGAAAGGGAGCCCAGGUGCUCACCCCCAGGGAGAGACCAUGUGCCCCUUCUGGGGCAUCCCUUGCUCAGCUUAGCACCACACCCUGGAACUCCUCAUUUUUUCUCUCUGCUGCUACCACAGUGACCUUCCUGCUCUGUUAUUUUUUGUGGCUUUCAAAUGCAGCCCCCCUGGGUACUGCUGGCUGGAGCCCAAGCUCUCUGCCCAUCCCUUACUGCAUGUCUGUGUGUGUGGGUAAUGCCUGCUGCAGGAGAUGGGAGGGAACCCUCUGCUCUUCUCCCCCUCACCCUCUGAAAAAAUAAACCACUCAUUAUUG